UAAUGUGUUAAAUAAAACAGGGACUAUUUCUUGUCCGUAUACUACGUCACCAUGAUGAUCAUUCGUGAGUUCCAUUGGAAUCGGACGUCAAGUAGUGUUCUUUUAGGGAGUACAUUGAUUUUUUCAAGAAAUUUUUGGAAUAUUUAUUUAAAAACCAAUAAGCUUCUUCAUGACGAUGGCAUACCGUGAUCGUGAACGUGGUGAUAGGAGAGGUGGAGGUGGUUCUCGAGGAGGCCGUUUUGGUGGACGAGAUGGAGGCAGUAGUGGAAGAUUUGGAAGUAGUGCGAACAGAGAUAACAAUUUUGGGAGUAAUAAUUUUAAAAAUCGUCAGCCUGGAGAACGAUUACGAAAACCUAGAUGGGAUAUGAGCACUUUGCAACCAUUUAGAAAAGACUUUUAUCAACCACAUCCUAAUGUUACAACAAGAAGUCUUCAUACAGUUGAGGCUUACCGAUCAGAUAAAGAGAUCACAGUGAAAGGCUCUAAUGUCCCUGGGCCCAAUAUUUAUUUUGAAGAGGGUGGUUUUCCAGAUUAUGUUUUAAGUGAAAUUCGAAGACAAGGUUUUGGAGAACCAACAGCUAUACAAGCACAAGGUUGGCCUAUUGCUUUGUCUGGACGUGAUAUGGUUGGCAUAGCGCAAACAGGAUCUGGAAAAACAUUAGCUUAUAUUUUACCAGCUAUAGUGCAUAUUAAUCAUCAACCUAGAUUAAGUAGAAAUGAUGGUCCUAUAGCUCUUAUUUUGGCACCUACAAGAGAACUUGCGCAACAAAUACAACAAGUAGCAUCAGACUUUGGAGUUUCUUCACAGGUUAGAAAUACUUGCAUUUUUGGUGGAGCUCCUAAAGGUCCACAGGCACGAGAUCUGGAAAGGGGAGUAGAAAUUUGUAUAGCAACUCCUGGUCGUCUAAUAGAUUUUUUGGAACGUGGUACAACAAAUCUUCGUAGAUGUACAUAUUUGGUACUUGAUGAAGCAGAUAGAAUGCUUGAUAUGGGUUUUGAACCUCAAAUUAGAAAAAUUGUAGAACAAAUACGUCCAGAUAGGCAAACACUUAUGUGGUCAGCAACAUGGCCAAAGGAAGUUCGUAACUUGGCAGAAGAGUUUUUAACUGACUAUAUACAAAUCAAUAUUGGCUCUUUACAAUUAGCAGCUAAUCAUAAUAUCCUUCAAAUAGUGGAUGUAUGCGAAGAAUAUGAAAAGGAAAGUAAAUUAAUGAAACUUUUGGAAGAGAUUUCUAAUGAACCAGAAAAUAAAACUAUUAUUUUUGUUGAAACAAAAAGAAAAGUUGAUGAUAUUACACGAGCUAUUAAUAGAUAUGGAUGGCAAGCAAUUGGCAUCCAUGGAGAUAAAAGUCAACAAGAAAGAGAUUAUGUAUUAAAUCAAUUCCGGAAUAGCAGAUCAGCAAUACUAGUUGCUACGGACGUUGCAGCAAGAGGUUUAGAUGUGGAAGAUGUCAAAUUUGUGAUAAACUUGGAUUAUCCGUCCAACUCAGAAGACUAUGUUCAUCGUAUUGGACGUACGGGACGAUCGCAACGAACAGGAACUGCAUAUGCUUUCUUUACACCUGGAAAUGCACACAAAGCUAGUGAUCUUAUUCAAGUACUAGAAGAAGCAAAGCAAGUUGUAAAUCCUAAACUUUAUGAACUUUCAAGAAAUCCAGGCAUUUAUAAACGAGGUCGAUACAGUGGUCGUAAUGGCGGAAGUGGUAGUCGUGGAUCCACUAGUCGUGGAGGUGGUUCACGAGGAUCACGUGGUGGACGUGAUGGAAGUGACAGGAAUGGGAGAUUUGAUCGUAGCGGUGGUAGUGGUAGCGGCAGUGGCAGUACUGGUGGAAACGAUCGUGGAAAUAAAUGGGGUGGAAGUAGUAGUGGUGGUAUGGGAAGUGGUUAUGGCAAUAAAUCAUUUCCUCAAAAUAAUUUUGGAGGAGCUUCCAGUGGUGGUGGCUCUAGUUAUAAUCAAAAUGGUGGUACAUAUGGAGGAAGUGGUGGUGGGAGCAGUUACAGACAACAGAAUGGUUAUUAACAUCGACAUAGCUUAUUCCAGAAUAAAAUUUUAUUUAUGUAAUAUAAUAAGCAAAAAGAACAAAAAGAGAACUACUCUGUCUAAUAUAGCAGAUAAUAUUUUCCAUACGCGCUUCUCAUUGUGAUGGGACAAAUAUAGUAUAUAGUAUGUACAGA